AUGGAAUCCAUCCACUCCGACCACAAUGACCCCGGCAUGCACUUCGACCACCACGACGGGCAAGCUCCCCUCGGUACUCAAGGUCGAGCUCCUCACGGCGACGAAGAUGUAGCCCGCCUCCUUCUCACUCGCGUAGAUUCAAUGGUCCAACAACUGCAAGGUUUCCAUCUCGGCCUGCACGAUCUCACUACUGCAGUCCGUAACCAAACUGAACGCUCUGACCAACGCGAGCAGCAGCUCCUCAAUUCCCAGGCUGCGGUCCGGGCCCCGGCCGAUCCAGCAAGCGGUAACAGCCUCCGCCACCUCUCCCGCUCCGCGCUUCAACGAGCCGUCUUCAAGACUCCCCAACCCGACAAGUACAACGGCGACCGUAGAAAGACCACCAACUUUGUAGGACAACUCUUGACCGUAUUCGAAUCAGCUCCCACCCAGUUCGCUACCGAUAAGGCCAAGAUUAACUUUGCUGUAGGCUGUCUGCAAGACGAAGCCCUCCGCUGGUUCCACUCUUUCCGCCAACUUAGCGAGCUGGAUAACGCCAAGCCCGAAUACCUGUUCUUGAGCGAUUGGUCUGCUUUCCAAAAGAAGAUCAACCAAGUCUACGGAGAUCCUAACGAGAAAGAGCACGCCCUUGAACAACUCCAUCACGUGGUUCAAACCACCUCGGUCUCCGCCUACGCUGCCGAAUUCCAAAGGCUCUCAACUUUGGCCUAGCUCACCGACGACCGUUCCUUGUUCUGGCUCUUCCGCAAGGGAUUGAAAAUUCAUGUUCGAUCGGCGGUUCUGCUCAUCCGCCCCCGACCAGAGAACUUACAAGCUCUCAUCAAAGAAGCCACUCAGAUUGACCUUGACUCACAGAAUGACAAGGCCGCCUCGCUGAUCUUCGCAUCUCGCCGAGUCACCACCUCGCAUGCCGAAAACCACAGUGUCCCCAUGAUGGAUGAUGGAGGCCCUCGUCCUAUGGAAAUCAACGCUAAUCGACGUCGGAUCCAUUCUACCAAGGUCGUUCGUCGCGGUCCCCUCUCGGAAGCCGAGAAGGAACACCGCCGACUCGAGCAAACAACUUGUGCCUUUACUGUGGGCGCGCUGGCCAUUUAUUCCCAAAUUGUCGAUCUCGCCCUGUGCAAACCAACAGUAAUUAUGGCAACAACAACCGCACUACCAACAAUAGGUAUAACGACGCCGGCCGCAAUCGUAAGUCCUACGAUAAUACCAACAAGCGUGCCGCCGCCGUGUCGUUCACGCCGACUGGCGCGAACGCGACCAUCUUUGGCCCCAACACCUCGAAAAAUGAUCGAGCCUAGGACGGAGCUUAGGAGACGAACUCCUGGGCGUUAACUCCUCUGCAACUCCAAAUGUACCAAAACCGCGCCCUGAUCCUCGUCCGUUCCUCACCAACAGGUUCUCCGUUCUCGCUAACUCAAUUAAUUCCCCAAAAUUCGACAAAAACGAACACCUCAUUGUACUCUGUAAUCAAAAGAUCGACGAGCUCACAUACGCCUCGAAUGACUCAGGUUCGCAAGCGAACUUGAUUAGUCCCGACUAUGUUGAAGCUCUUCGUCUACAGACCAACAAAAAGGCAACUCCUCAGGGACUGGAAGGCUUCGAUGGCCAUCCAGCUUUGCCAAUCACCCACGAGACAGUCCCAACUGACAUCUUCAUCGGCGAUCACCACGAACAAAUUUCCGUCGACAUCUCCUCUAUCGCCCAUUACCCCAUCAUUUUGGGUAUCCUUUGGCUCAAACUCCACGAUCCUGAUAUUGAAUGGAGCCACUUUUGCGCUGGUCCUCCGAUCACUGCGCCAACCAGUGCCUCCCGAUCGCUCCGACGAUCGAGACUCUUCCCCAGCACCCCUCGUUCCCAAGUCCCCAGAUAGCACUCGAAGUGUCAGGUGUGAAACCGUCUGCAGCGGUGGAUCACCCAGCAGUGACUAUAGUCGCCGCUGCAGAGUUCCGGACUCUCCUCGGUUCAUCCACGGAUAUCGUUUCGAUGGGCGCCAUUGCUCGCGACGACGGUAAUACUCGGAUCGCUUGCUACAUGACCAGUUCACCCAACGUGCAGCCUGCGACCGACUCUGAUGAAUCGACUCCAAAGACGAAAGAUCCCAAAGUUUUGGUUCCGCCCAUCUAUCACUCAUAUCUUGACGUCUUUGAUGAAGGAGAAGCGGAUAAGCUUCCUCCUCGUCGACCGUACGACCCCACCAUUCCAUUGGACCCCUCGAUCAAAGUCCCGGCCGGACGCCUCUAUCCCUUGAACCAAUCAGAAUUAAAAACCUUGUCCGAUUACAUCGACGAUCAUCUCAAGAAAGGCUUUAUUGAGCCAUCACAGUCACCCAUAGGAGCACCUAUAUUAUUCGUCAAAAAGAAGGACGGCACGAUGCGCCUGUGCGUCGACUACCGUGCCCUAAACAGCGCCACAAUCAAGAACAAAUACCCCUUGCCCCUGAUCGGGCCGGGGAAUCCCUCGAUCGACUCUCCGGUGCCAAUUUUUUUUCAAAAAUCGAUCUUCGUGGCGCCUACAACCUCAUCCGCAACGCCAAAGGCGACGAGUGGAAAACAGCAUUCCGCACACGUUACGGGCACUUCCAGUAUAACGUCUUUCAGGAACUGA